CCUUUUGAUCGGUCGUUUCUUGUUUGCAUGUCGAAUUGUACGUCCUUCAGUUCAGUACAACACCCAUCUGCAACUAUCGCGUCAAAUGAAAAUUACGCGUUCAAGAGGAGAGACGAUUUCGUGUUCGUAGUGUGCGCUUUGUAGUGCGGUUAGCAAUAGUAAUCGUUAGUGCUGAAAGUGAAAAAGUGAGUUGGUUUUUUUUGAACAACUGCAGAAUAAAAUAUGCAUUGCUACCUACAAGAAUUCGAUGUAGUUGGCACCUAGUUUCGAAGCACACAUUCCGUUUUCUUUUAAGUGGCAAAGGUGAACGGGACGGAAAUUAGCAUUUUUGGUUUGACUCGUCAGACAAGCAUUUUUUUUUAUUCACAACCUUGAUAAUCGCCUACUGGAACACGAGAGGAGGAUAUGGUUGUCCUAGGUUCUACUAACCAUCGAAAGUCACCGUUCCGCAGCAGAAGUGUGAAUGACUCACGUUGACGAAGUAGAAAUAAGUGGUAAUUGAACAUUGUGAUGAGCAAAACUCUGUCUAUCGUUGUUUUGUUGAAGGCUUACUCAUAAUUUCGUGCCCACAAGACCAGGGACAACUGUUUGUUGGAAAGAAGUUUGCGACAAUGGUGUAUGCAAAUUGAAUAGCGAAACAGAACGAAGAAUCUCGAAGAAUGAUUGUUUAUUCCCAGUGAUAAGUGAUAACGUGGCAAUUGUGGUCCAGAAAAGAAAAAUUGUAGAAAAAAAAAUCAUUCUUCAGUACACACUGCGCUCGCUACCUGCUCGGAAAGGUGCUAGGCAUUCGCUCGACAUUUGCGCAAACACAACAUACCUCGUGACGGAUCCAGUCAAAGCACUGUUCGAAACACAAUGGAAACAUUCGAGCAGAAAAGCAACCGUAAUUUGCCCGUGAAGUUUCCAGGUGCUGCAAUGAAUCCGCCCAUGGUGGACACCGGCGAGGAUCCCCACCCGAGUCUCUCCGAUUGGCACGACUAUGAACCGAAUCUCGAGUUUGACGAUACGGAACUGUCGCAAACGGCACCGGAACCCGGAGGCACAGUCAUUUUUGACGAGGACAACUACUCCGGCGAGUUCGAAGCGGUUUCUGCAGACGAAAUUAUCAAAACCACACUCGAUCCGGACAACUACGAGGAGCAGCUGAAAAUGGUUGAGCCCGACGAGAAUGCGAUACGUAAAGAGUUCAAACGAAGGAAAUUUAUCGAAUUUAUCGGCACGGACAAACACGGACAGCCCAUAAUUGCCAUCUAUGCCUGCAGUUUACCGGAACGGAAAGAUCUGAAUACGAAUAUUUUUAUCGAUUUUAUCAUCAAGUCGAUGGAAGAAUUUGUCCAGAAUGAUUAUAUCAUUGCGUACUUUCACCAAGGCAUGAAGGAUAAUAGCAAACCAUCGCUGCAGUUUCUGUGGAACUCUUACAAAGAACUGGAUCGAAGUUUCAAAAAGAACCUUAAGAAGCUAUACGUGGUACAUCCAACGACCUUCAUCAAAAUGGUAUGGUUUUUCUUCAGACCGGUCAUCAGCGAAAAGUUCAAGAGCAAGCUCAUCUACACGUCCAGCCUGGAUGAGCUGAAGCAGUCAUUAGGUUUACAAGCGCUCAAAGUGCCGGACACUGUGCGAGAAUUCGAUGAGAAAAUUAACAACAGCACCCGGUACACGCUGCGAGGUAGCAAAUCUAGUCUGAAGAGUAGCCGUUCGAUGGAACACAUCCCGAAAACGAACCAGUUCGGUGUUUCCCUGAAGUUCAUCAUCGAGAACAGUGCCUGCCUCAACUGCAUUCCACCGAUCGUGCGCAAAUGUGUCGAUCAUCUGUCGCUCUCAGACGUUAUCGAUACCGAAGGCAUCUUCCGGCGAUCGGGCAACUAUACCCGAAUAAAAGAAUUGCGUGAAAAGAUUAACCAAGGCGAAGAGGUGAAUCUGACGAACGAAGACACUCACGUGGCGGCUGCGCUACUGAAAACGUUUUUGCGCGAACUGGAGGAACCGCUACUCACCUACGAGCUGUACGAAGAUAUCGUUCAGUUUACCGAGUGGACCACCGAGGAGCAACGAUCGCGGAACGUGAAGCAAAUUCUGCGCGAGAAACUACCGGAGGAAAACUACGAACUGUUCAAGUACAUCGUCGAGUUCCUGGGGAAGAUCAUGGAGCGGAAAGAUUUCAACAAGAUGACGUCGUCGAAUCUGGCGAUCGUGUUCGGUCCCAAUCUGGUGUGGCCCAAGCAGGCACAGAUGUCGUUGGAUGAGAUCGGACCGAUCAAUGCCUUCAUCGAUUACGUUCUGCAGCAUCAGGAUGAUAUCUAUUUUGUGGAUAUCAACAAAAAAGAUGGAGGCUACGAUUAACAGCGGCUGAUUUAAGUUUAGUUCGUUUCUUUUUUUUUAAAUGAUUUUAUCGUUGAGGCAUGUGAUGUGCAUUUGCGCUGGUCCGUUCCUGGAUGUAUACAUUUUAAUGGAAGACGCACAAGUAGUUUGUUUCCUGUCCAUAUUCUGGUUUAAUGAAGUUUCACCUCCCGAUGUGACACUGACUACUUGUGUGUACUCUCAAACAGAACAUUCUCUCGUGUUAUAGUGAUAAAACAGUGACCAGUUUUUUCAGGAUAUGUGUCUGCAGAUGUGUGUGAAAAUGAGAGUUUUAAGCAGUGUAACUAAUAAUCAUAAGUGAAACAUUAAUAGUCAUUAUUACAGUAAAUUGUUAAGGAUGUUUUGAAUAAUUUAUAUAUACGCAGCCGAGUCUGCACACGUUUGAAAUCACGACCAGCGGAUCAAAACCAAAGAAUGGGUUUAAAAUAGAAACAAACAAAAAAAUUGUUGAAUCGGUCUCAGGCAUCUGUCAUCAUUAUGUCUGCGGACAUCCUGGUGCGCCAAAACGAUCAUACAGGAAAACUCUGUCCACAUCUGCCUGCAUGUCUAACACGUACGCUUUCCCCGUUUGAUAAAUAUGGUGAAGGAAAUUUGUUAGUAAAUGGAAUUUUGAAAAAAAACUCAAUUCUUGCUAAGUGACGGAGACACAGCAGGUACGGGAGGUUCGCGUCCAUCUAUCAACCAUCAACAAGUGAAAUAAUUUCAUACCUCUUAUGAAAAAUCGAUUCGAAGCGAAAACAAACAGUCUGGGAAUAUAUCAAUUUCAGUAGGAUUAUUAGCUCAAUUAGAAAAACAAAAAAAAAACAUUUUAACCAGUUCCAAACUAUCACUAUACUAUUGUACUCCGCCGUAAAAUAGUGUCACACGAUUGUCAGAACUCAAAACCCAUUGUAUCUUGGUAUUUUCCGCUUCUAGUCCGGUAUCUCUUUGUUUUAUUGAAAUAACAACCAAAUAAAAUUGGAGAACACGUAAUAUAUACUUAGCGGUGCUGCAGAAAAGAAAGAAAAAACAAAUAACGACAGCAAGAUGCGAAAAGACGAAUAGAUUCUCAAACAUCGUUUGCUAAAACGAAUUACAUUAUAUGUGGCAAGUUAUAGUUAACCGUUGAAGUUUUUUGGGGGGCAAUGAGCGCUGAAAAUAUUACUCAGAAAUCAUGUACAGAGAUUUUACUAAAAAAAAAUUAAAAAUAAAAAGCGGUUGAAUGAAGUAUGUAAAA